CCGCGGACGCAUGUUCGCAGAGCACAUACAGAACAGAGUGAAUUCACGUGCACGACACGUAAUCUUUAUUAACAGUGAACGUGUUUUUCUCAAACGUAUUCAUCAAAUCAUGUCAGCAUCAGUGAUACGAAGAGGACUUGAACUGUUCAGUGAAAAAGAUGGAGAGAAGCAUAAACAGAAACCGAAGAAGAGCAGUCGUAAUAAACAGCGACUUCACAGACAGACCGUGAAGAGCAAGACUACAGUCAAAGACAAACACAUUAAGUCAGCUGUAGAUGAAUAUAGAAAAAGACAAAAGAAGAAUCAACUGAGUUCAAAUCUUGAAUAUUUCCUGGCUGCUGCUAACAAAACCCAAACAAAGCACACAGGAAAGAUCAUACAGCAACAUUCUGGUCGUCGUGCUUGUCAUCAGCCAGAUCUGCCCGUCACCAAACCCGAGGAGAAAUCUGUCUUUACAGAGCAGGAGUUCCAGAAAUUUCAGCAAGAAUAUUUUUCGAAGCUUUAACAUUCUGGAGGACCCUUUAUUUCUCUGGAUGAUAUGACAUUCUCCAGCUGCUGGAAUCUUUCACUCUUUUGACGCUUUGACUAACAAAGAUGUGCUGAUGAAAUUGUUUGUGAUAAAACAUAUAUGUCGGCUCAAUGAAUAUUAAAAACAGGAACAUCAGGAGACUCUUAUUUGUUUCUUCUUUCCAGUUUGUCUAAAAGUAACUGAGAAUACUUAGUUGGUGUGUUGUGUGUUAAGUACUGUAAUUGUUGACUGACACAAGUAAAUAAAUGUUCUGUUAUUCUGAGCAA